AUGGAUAUCGAGCCUACUUUUAAAGGGUACAUUGAAGAUGAAGAUGACGCUUUGCUUAUUCUCCAAGCGACUUUGGACGGUAAGUUGAAACAUAUACCAAGAAGGCCUUAUGAAAUUGAAAGACCUUAUUUGAUUGUAUCCGGCAGCAUAUUCGUUUUCAUUGAAGAAAUAUCAGGGAUCAAGAGAUGGACUGACGGCGUUUCCUGGUCUCCAUCGAGAAUAUCAGGCAAGUUUUUGAUAUACAAAGAGCUCGACAAGGAAAACACCAAUUCUAAUGCUAAUAUUACUGUUAAUGCUGGUGUUACUGCCAAUGCUAAUGCUAGUUCUAAUUCUAAUUCUAAUGCUAGUGCUAGUGCUAAUGCUAAUGCGACUUCGAGUGGUAAUACAGAUUCUUCCGUCAUUCCGAAUGGGACUUCCGGUGUAAGGAAUAAUUCUUCAUCGAAGAUCAAGCUACCUCCUUUGAAGAAUCAUCAAUUUGAUUUACCGCCCACUAUGAAUCAUUCAAGUUUUGAAUCAGAACAAGACUCCUCUGUUUCUCCAUCAAACCGUUCGAAUCUACCACUGAAAUAUACCGGUUUAGUGAAAAAGACAAUAUCAGUGAAGUUGAAGAGACCUCCAUUUAAUUCCAUUGAGAAUUUACAUAUUGUCUCCUAUUAUUCUGUAAAAGAUAUAAAACAAAACUGUUUACUCACCCCUAAAACUUCUCCUUUUUUGAAAGAUAUAAGACCUUCACAGGAACUGAUUGUUGCCAUGGAAAACACAACUUUGGGUAAUGUGAAAAAUAAUUCCGUCACCAAUGGGAACAGUUCUAAUAAUAUAAACAAUAAGAGCAACUCUUCAACUCCCCUAAAUGCUGUUAUUUCCACAAAUAAUAAUAGUACUAAUAUAAGUGCUGCUGGCAGUAACCAAUUUACUAGUGCAAACAAAAAUUAUUAUUAUAAAAAUGAUGAAAGCUCUGGCUACCCGAUCACUCAAUUUGCUCCCGCGUUGCCAUCAACAACUUUAAUGUAUACAACCAAUACGCCUUAUAUCACUCAAUCACCUGAUAAUACUAACAAUACUGGUAUGAAUGCACAUACUAAUAAUAAUACUAAUAGCAAUAGUAACAAUAACAGUAAUAGCAGUAAUAAUAAUAUUAAUAAUAAUAAUAAUAAUAAUAAUAAUAAUUUUAAUAACAACACAGGGAACAAUAAUAAUCCAAAUAGAUUUCCCAAUGGCUCCUUUGCUUAUAACACUACUGGUGACUUCAUUAAUCCGCCACAACAAGGACAAAUUUCUUAUCCAUUCUAUUAUACAACCAUUCCGAUAAGUAAUUCCAAUUAUUAUACCACGCAACCCCCAAAUCCCGUAGCGAACAAUUCAACGAAUGAUAACCAGAGUUAUCCUACUCCUUCGACACAGCACCCUUAUUAUGGCCAUUCUACCGAAAAUCAAUCAGCAUCAGCAACCACGGGCGCUUCUGGCGCUCCUGCUACAACCGAAAAUGUGCUACCCAUGUCCAAUAUGCAGCCACUACUCCACCAGGCCAAUAAUAAUGCAAACUCUGCUUCUUCUGCAGCUCCCUAUCCGGUGUAUUCUAUGAACGUCAAUGUUCCUUAUUACAAUUCCUCUACUUCUGCAUACAAAAGAGUACAAGAAAAUACUACUACAAAUUCAAACGCGGAACCAUCUGGAGCUACAAGCGCAAAUUCAGGUGCUAUACUAUCAAAUCCUGCAUAUGCUAACUCUCAACAAUAUACCCCAUCGCAGGUGUAUUACCAAGGGUUCCCCCAGUAUGCUAUGGCCAGUGCUCAGAAUUCAUCGAUAUAUCAACAUCAACACUCUUUGCCCACAGUGUAUCCAAUAACAACGUCUCAACAGAAUAUAAUAAACUCUAGUCACGUUUUGAAUACCAUUGGAUCUGAUCCUCAACAUCAUCAUUAUCAGCAAGAUGCUAACGAUCAUAAGAAUUUUGCCAUGGGACAUAGUAACAACAACAUCUUGAAUAUCACUAAUAGUGAUACGAUGAACAACCUCAAUACAAACGCUUCAACUACCACACAAUAA